GAACGAAAAAACAUGAAGCAUUGAACAUAUGCAGAUUGAAGCAGCUUCACCACAUCCUAAAAGAAUCCAAAGUGAUUCCGUCUCCUCCUCCUCUCCUUUUAGUCUUUACGAGUAGACGGGUAAAAGGAAAAAAUAACGAAACGAGGGAGUCAGUCAACAACGAAGAGAGCAGAGAAAGCAAGAGAUUGAAAGCGGUUGACAGAUGGGUCUCCUCUCCAACAGGGUAGAGAGAACCCAGAUCAAAGCCGGGGAUCAUAUCUAUACCUGGAGAGCUAUCUAUACUUAUUCUCACCAUGUUCCAUUUGGAUUGGGAAAACAUACAGGAAUCUAUGUUGGGGGAAGCAAAGUGGUUCACUUCACGCGUGAACAAAAUGCAAGUUCAAGCAUAUCUUAUCCUAGUUCAGCUUCAAAACUCCCAUCAGCCUGCCCAAUCUUCCCUGACUGUGGAUUCAGGCAACCCAAUAGCGGUGUUAUCCUCUCUUGCUUGGAUUGCUUUCUUGGAAAUGGAUCCCUGUACCACUUUGAGUAUGAAGUCACUCCAUCUUAUUUCCUCGCCAAAGUCCGUGGUGGCACAUGCACCACUGCAAAGCCUGAUCCCCCUGAAACUGUGAUCCACAGGGCAAUGUAUCUGCUACAGAAUGGGUUUGGGAACUAUGAUGUAUUCCAGAACAAUUGUGAGGACUUUGCAUUAUACUGCAAGACAGGUCUUCUGGUACUUGAUAAGUCAGGAGUGGGUAGGAGUGGUCAAGCUUCUUCUGUCAUUGGAGCCCCGUUGGCAGCCCUUCUUUCAUCUCCUUUAAAGCUGCUAAUUCCAGGUCCUGCUGGUGUUGCCACCGUAACAGCUGGAAUGUAUUGUAUGAGCAGGUAUGCCACUGAUAUAGGUGUCCGAACUGAUGUAAUAAAGGUGGCAGUUGAAGACAUGGAUGCAAUCCUGGAUUGGAGUGGUACAAGUGAGGAAGAAGCCGAGGAUAAAGAGGCUUCUGACAGGCAGAAUUCGCACAGCCUAACAGGCAGUUCAUUGAUAGUGAAACAAAAAGCAUCUAGGUGGCAGUGGAGAAGGGCAUUGAUGCUGGGAAGUGGAGAAACACGGGAAGGAUCAUGAAUUGCAACCAGAAAAGAUGUUUCCGAACUGAUGGACUGUUUGAUUUACCGUUCAAUCUGUAAGUGUAUGUUUCUGUUUCAACUUUCAAGCCGAAGGGAGGACUUUUAUGUCCUGAUCGCUUAAUUUGUUACUUGAUUCUUGUCACUGAAUUUCAAAAUCACUGCAGCGU